AUAAUGGGGGGAAGGGGGUGUGAAUGAUCAGAGAGCCCUCGGCCUCUUUAAAUCAACAUAACCGGUUCCGAAUCUUCUUUGCUUCGUAUCCUUCACUUGUCAUUCAUACUUUCAACCUGUAUCUUAUCCUGCCUAAGCUAGGCUGACUAUUCCGAUUGUCGAUCCCCGUCUGUCUGGCAUCUCGGGAUUAUAGUGGUAGUUCCAGGCCCAUCGUUCUUUCCAGUAACCGCAUCCGGCCACCAAGUAUACUAAACAUGCAGGGUUGCAAACCGGAUCUCAUCGACAACCAAGAUGCAGAGAAGCAGCCACUCCUUGAGGCCUUGGAACGCCCGGUCGCGUGCACUCAGUCGGCUUUAUCGCACGAUAAACCCCGGAACAGGUCGAGAAUGUUCCGUAUCCUGCGAUUUACCCUGCCAACCACACUAGUCUUAAUUGUCUUGGUCACACAUCUGCCGAACGUACUCACGUCGCCUCUCGACUAUGCGACUCGUCAGCUGAGCUGGGACUAUGAGUUGGAGGACGGCAAGCGUGGCGCUGUAGCGAGUGAGAGUGCAAUCUGCAGUCGCCACGGAACCGAUAUACUACUACAAGGCGGGAACGCUGCUGAUGCUAUGGUGGCAACGAUGCUCUGCGUAGGGGUUGUGGGCAUGUAUCACAGCGGGAUCGGAGGGGGUGGCUUCAUUCUAGUGAAAGACCCUAACGGCGCGUUCGAGUUUAUCGAUUUUCGCGAAACUGCCCCAGCGGCAGCAUAUGAGGACAUGUUUGUCAACAACACGGAAGCAGCUGUCACUGGGGGUCUUGCAAGUGGUGUUCCAGGCGAGCUUCGUGGUCUUGAAUACCUCCACCAGAAGUAUGGCUUACUUCCUUGGCCAGCCGUUGUUCAACCAGCAAUCAAGACCGCGGAUGAGGGCUUUCCGGUUGGCCCGGAUCUAGUACGCUACAUGGCUUCCUCGAUCACCGACGCGGGCGGCGACGACUUCUUGUCUAAUGACCCGACAUGGGCAAUUGACUUUGCUCCCAACGGAACUAGACUCGGCCUCGGCGAUACCAUGACACGGAAGCGUUAUGCCAGCACCCUCGGGAUGAUCGCUAAGAAGGGCGUUGAUGCAUUCUACUCGGGAUAUAUUGCAGAGACGAUGGUCAAUGCGGUACAAGCAGCUAAUGGCACGAUGACUCUUGAUGACCUUCGUAGCUAUGCCAUCGAAAUCCGGAACAUCUCACAGAUAGACUAUCGUGGAUACCGAAUUACCAGCACCACUGCUCCAUCUAGUGGAACUGUUGCACUGAACAUACUCAAAGUUUUGGAUACCUACGACAGUUUCCUCGCCCCAGACAAUGUGAACCUGAGCAUUCAUCGGCUGGAUGAAGCCAUUCGGUUCGGAUAUGGACUGCGAACAAACCUGGGAGACCCUGACUUUGUGGACGACAUGGGAGAGUACCAGGGUAACAUGCUUGAGCAAUCUACUAUCGAUGAAAUCCGGGCGAAGAUCUCCGACUCUAAGACGCAAGAUAUAAAAGCGUACGACCCGCGAGGUAUUGAAAGCUUGGAUACCCCGGGGACCUCUCAUAUUGCUACCAUCGAUCACGAAGGUCUUACUGUAUCUGCAAUCACAACGAUUAACUUGCUUUUUGGGAGCAAGAUUAUGGUCCCCGAGACAGGAAUUAUCAUGAACAACGAGAUGGAUGACUUCUCUAUUCCUGGCUCAUCCAACUCGUUCGGAUAUGUUCCCUCUGAGGCGAACUUCAUCCGACCUGGAAAGCGCCCGUUGUCGUCCAGUACGCCAGCCAUUGUGACUCACCCUAACGGUACUGUCUUUUUCGUGGCUGGCUCGGCGGGCGGCAGUCGGAUCAUCACCGCGACCAUCCAGAACAUCAUCCACGCUGUUGAUGGUGGUCUCACGGCGGCUGAAGCUCUGGCUCAGCCCCGUCUGCAUGAUCAGCUGAUCCCCAACCAGGUCACGUUCGAGUAUAGCUACAACAACGAGACCGUGGCCUUCAUGAAGGCGCGCGGGCACAACGUGACAUGGGUUGCACCGACUCAGAGCUCAGCGCAAGCAAUCCGUGUUCUUCCGAAUGGAACCUUUGAUGCUGCUGGGGAGCCCAGGCAGCUGGACUCGGGAGGAUUUGCCGUCUGAUCGAGUCACUCGUUACCUACGCGGCCCGCGGUCCGGGACUGACCGUCACAUACUUUGAAUACUGGAGACUAAGAAG